UGUUUAUUGGAAUAUUUUGACAAAAAAAUUAGAAAAGUACGACUACUUUUACAUUAUUUUUGAAAAAAUUGUUAUUUAAGACAAAUGUUUAUUGUAAUUUUAGACUAGUGUAAAAAUCCCAAAUUCCUCCUAAUGCAAAUAUCAAACCAACUAGACAAAAAAGCACAUACUAAUCAUGUAGUCGGUGAUGAGCAACGAGUUAAUUAAUGGGGUAAGGCCCAAAAUAUUUCCUGACUAAUUGCAAUGACACUUGUCAUACAAACAAUCCUCUGCAUGCAAACAACAACGUGUCUAACGAAGUGAUUUUUUUAGUUGCCAUCCUCCAAACGUGGCAUAAUUGCUCCUCUGCACACACGACACGACGUUGGCAGGUCUCUGUUUUUUCUCAACUUAAAAUAGAUGGCAACGAAAAUCUCAAAAACAGAUCUAGGAAAGGAAAAUGGAAAAGAACGAAGAGUGGAGGAAAAUGGCAGACACCCACAAAAUGAGUCAAGAGGAAAUAAAAGCAGCUGGAGUAGAAGGGUCUCAGAGGCCACCAGGCCACAAUCCUGGGGGUGUCCUCCAUCAGAGAAGGAAGCUUCCCUACAGCCCAGCCAUCAUGGCCAUUGGUGGCUUACUCAUCAUCGGUACCAUUGGAUAUUUCACACUAUACACUACCAAAAAGCCUGAUGCCACUGCCAAAGAUAUAGCCAAGGUCGCUGCCGGCAUGGCCGAGUCUGAGGACACUCGCCCAAGGAAGUAGGGUAGUGGCUUAUGUUCUUUUUAUGCUAAGAUAAGAGCUGUUGUCGUUGCUCUUUCUUAUGUUGACUAGAGAUAACUUUUUUUGUUGUAAAAGUUAUGGUGGUUCAACAUAAAUUAAAUAUACCCUUCUGUUUAUCUACAAGCCCUAAUAGAAUAGAAAGUACUUAUUUCUGUAUAUUGCAGUGUGUGAUCAAGUCUGCAACUCUUAACAUGCCUAACAUCUAAAUUACAUGGAAAACAUCAAACUCAAAGACCAUUUAAGGAUGAUCAUUCCUAUAUCACAUAUCCACCACACUAACGUUAAUUUACGGUUCAACAACGGGGCACAUAUAUUCAGUUAAAAACAUAUAUGAAAACAGAGGACUAAUCUUAUGUUUUUGCAUCUUUUUAAUAUAUAAAUUUGAAAAAUAGACAAAUAUUAUAACAGAACUACGAGUCAUGAGCUAGUCAAUGUUCAAAAUUGAGUACAAAAUCCAUACCUUAAUUUCAAAUCUUACACUAGAAUAUAGUCGACGUUGUAGUUAUAUGAGAUGAGAUUGGCAGGCACACACAAACUCUAAUCAAUUUUCACCGAUGAGUAAAUGAGCCUUGUGAACCAGAAGCAAGCAUAGAACCCAAUGGUGCCAGUGAGCACAAAAAAUGCGUACGAAGCAAUCAACAUGUAACCGAAGUACAAGAGGCCAGACACAAGCUUUGUGAUUUCAAGCUUUGUGAAGAAGUAGAAAGUAGCGUAGAGGAAGAGGUAUAAAGCAGAAGAGCCUGAAGUUAGGUAUGACCUCCACCACCACAGAUAAUCCUCACUGCACAACUGGAAGUAGCAGAGCACAAUGGUUAUCUCAGCGCAAGUGAUGAUGAGAAUCACGAAGACCAGGAAGAGGAAACCGAAGAUAUAGUAGAAUUGGUUCAGCCAGAUUGAGGUGAGGAUGAAGAAGAGUUCAAUGAAAACGGCUCCAAAGGGUAAGAUUCCUCCAAUGAGAAUCGAGAAGAUUGGGUUCAUGUACCAGGCCUGUUCAGGAAUCUGCCUUGGAAUUUUGUUGGUUUUUACAGGGUCUUCAAUGGCUGGCUUCUUGAACCCAACAUAGCUGCCUACAAACACGAGUGGGACUGAGAUUCCGAACCAUAAAAAGAUAAGUGCAAACAUGGUCCCAAAUGGCACAGCCCCGGAUGAUUUCUGGCCCCAUAUGAGUGCGUUUAAGACAAAGAAAAUUGAGGACACAAUAGCUGGGAACAUGACAGCAGUUCUGAAAGCGAUCCUCUUCCAUUCUGUUCCUUUAAACAUUUUGUAUAUGCGGGAAGCGGAGUAACCAGCGAAAAGGCCCAUGAAAACCCACAGCAAGAGCAGGGCUGUCAUGAGACCACCUCGGUUGGAUGGGGAUAGGAAUCCGAGAACAGCAAAGAUCAUGGUCACAAGUAUCAUUCCGAAAAAUUGAACUCCAGUUCCCACGUACACACAGAGGAGAUCAGAAUUCUGUGGGGGCCUGAAAACAUCCCCGUGAACAAGCUUCCAUCCUGUCUCUUCUUGGGCUUCUUCCUGGGUUUCAAGCUCAUUGUACUUGGAAAUAUCACGGUAAAGUGUCCGGAGCAUUAUCAUGGCAACCAUACCCGAGAGAAAGAGGACAAUCAUCAAAGAAUUCACAAUGGAAAACCAGUGAAUUUGAUCAUCGUUCAUUAAGAGAUAAGCAUCCCAUCUAGAAGCCC